AUGGGCAAAGAGGACAAUGCCGAAAGCAAAGAUCUUGUUUGCCACGAUGAAGGUAACGUGCCCAUGAGUGACGAAAUGGACGUGCUGGACGGUGUGGAUACGAAGAAAUUCAAGAAGCUGUGGAGUCAGCUCGUAAAGGACGGCUGGGAGGCAAGGCCGCCGACGGGGCUGAACGUCGAGCACACGUACGUAAAGCCUGGUGUGAAGGGCAAGCUUCGCAAGGAUCGCGUCAAUGCGGACUACUUUUGUGUACGCAUGUCGUUCCGGUUUAGUAGAACCAGUCGUCUACGCGCUUCCUGUACCCGUUGGGCGGCCGCCAAUGGGGAAACAAGCGGCGUACACAGCAGCGCAGCGCAACUACCGACGGCAGCACCAGAACGCGACGAACAUUCAGAUCUAGGUGGUCAAUUUGGCGGUGUUACUUCUGCGGCUGCAGCACAAGGGGCUGACGGUGCUACUCCUGUGGCUGCAGCACAAGGAUCUGACGGUGUAAUUCAUGCGGCUACAGAACAAGGUGGUGAGCCUGGCGGUGUAACUCCUGUGGCUACAGAGCAAGGUGACGAGGAAAAUUCUGCUUUCUGCGACUUUGAUCCUGAUCUGGAGGAAAAAAUGGACGAAGUCGAAUCUGAUUCCGACUUUGAAGACGAAGGUGAAGAUUUUCAGCAGGACGACGACGAAAUGAAAGGGAUCGAGUUGAUCAAGAUAAUUGCGGUAUUGAAAGGUGGGGACUCACCAGACUUCCAUUCUGGAAUGGGUGGCGUGGACACCCACGACCAGAUCCGUCUUCAGCGGUAUUCGAUACAGCGUUGCGUGGCAUUCAAGAAAUACUACCGCCAAAUAUUUCUGGCCUUCAUAGAUAUGGCACUCGUCAAUGCCUUCACUCUUUACAAGAUAGUAAUGAAGCGGAAAGAUAAGCGUGCGCCCACGCACGCGGAGUACAUGCGGCAGCUUCACGUGGAGUUACUUGCAGUUACCGCUAUAAGCUUCCGUGUCAACCGACACGCAGAAGAUCUGGCGAGUGUGCCGACCGGAAAUCUUGACCACGUGCUGCGCAGCACUGAUGAACUAUACAAGGCUAAAUCCGGCAAGAGCAAAGGGAAGAGCAAAAGCCGACAGCAACUCUGCAAGGAAUUCUCGGCGCUGAGCCCACCCAAGAAUGAGGUCUGGCACACGCCGACUUCUUCCGCUCUUCUUGCGCUCACCAAACUUCGACCGGUUCCAUCCUACUACUUCCUGCUAAGUCUAGAACUGGUCGAAAAUUUGGUGAGCGCACUCCAUCACCUCGUGCUCACCACCGCUAAACCACGGCGACGCAGCGACGCAUUUGGAGAAGUCUGA